UAUUCUAAUCAUAUUUCCGGAAAGUUGAAGUGAAAAAAUGUGGGUACAGUCUCGCGUCUAGUUAAUCUAGAAUAAUAAUUCAUUUUGUUAUGUAAAAUGCUAAUCUUUUAUCGCUGUCAUUUUUCUUUUUAGGCCUAGUAUUCUAAUGUUUUGCAAGAAUAUUGACCGUGAUCACGUGAUUUCAGCCAUUAUGCUAAGUUUAGGAAUGUGUAAGGCUAUGGGGUUAACACAAUCCCUUAUAUAAAGAAAAGAGGUAUAAAAAAUGCCUGGACAGGUAGAACGGUGGCUAGAAACUUUUAUGUGUAAACAGUAUGCAGAAACUUUCGAAGCUUAUGGGUUCAAAACACUACAAUCUUUAUGCCAGCUCCAACUGCCACAACUGCAAAUUAUGGGAGUUGCACAAGAACACUGUGAACAUAUACUAGACAAUGUGGAUAUCCUAAGACAGUCCCUGGGUGGCUCCAGUAGCAUGAACCAUUACCAGGACAACAUGUAUAAUGCAUACAGCAACAGACUCUCCAGCAUUGGGCAUUUGCAGCGCAGCAAUCCUACCAUGCCAAUGGGGAAUAUGCGUGGAAACAUGACUGGCUAUAACUCCCAGGGCUAUAUGAAUAGUCAAAGUUCUGUGAUGCAACAUCAGCCACAGCAUCAGCAAACCUAUGUAGGGCACAACUCGGCAUAUUCCUUGAAUCAGCACAGUUCUUACAUGGGGUUUGGAGGAACAGCAGAACACCGACAGUAUCAGUUUCCUGCUACAGAUAGGAGGGGGAGUAACAACUACUCUGCCAACGUCGGACCUUCGGCCAAUCCAAAUGGUUAUCACAGCAGGCCACAAAUUCAAAAUAUGUCCAACCAACAAGUGCCGCAGACUCUGAUGCAUUCACACAUGCGCCACAACUCUUCUAACCAAAAUCCACAAGAAGUUGCAAACAAUAUUCUUCAGAUGGCAGCUUCUACAUACAUGCCAAAUCAGACAGUCACUGUCCCUUUGUCAAAGAGUCGUUCGGCUCCAUAUCACAUACCACCCAAAUCUCCACAUAAUAACUAUACUAUGCAGGGUAACUGUCCAACCUCAACACAGCAGCAUCAGCAACACAUCGGACAAGCUCAUCAGUUUGCCUAUCCCAAUUCCUCCCCCCACCAGUCAUCACAAGGGCCAUGUGCAUCACCAAUCAGUCCAAAUGCUGCAUAUAUACACAGUCCAGCGUCUCAUCACAGUGGACAGAGCAUGCCUAAUUCCAGUCCUCAGUCAGUCCAUAGUCCAACCUAUGGAUUGAGUGGGCCAUGUGUCAAGUCACCUUGUGCCAUGGUUGCCUCUCCCGGGGGAGAGGUAUGCUCGCCAUGUCAAAUGGCUUCCCCUGUUAACUGCCAGGGAAGUGCUCCCAAUGCUUCACCACAACACCAACAGCUGCGUGUAAAUUUAACAAGUGGAAAUCAUGCCAUGUACCAAGGUCAGAUGACAUCACCAAACCAUCAAGCCAAUAUGAAUCAGUACUCGCCCAAAACUAACCCAGUCACCCCACCUGCUAGUCACAAUGUGUCACCAUACAGUAACUCCUCCAGAUCCUCCCUACAUAGUCCACAACACAAGAACUCCAUGUCAGUAUCCACUGUUUCUGGCCAUUUCUUUAGUGACUGUGCUUCAGACAUUCCAGAGACUCCUCAUGAAAAAUCAAACUCCAACCCCUUACAGUCUUUACAAAAAUUGUGUAUGCUACCUGACCAUCAAGUGAUUGAUCCUAAAAGUGUGGUAAAUGAUGCUUGUCUUGAAUCACCACAGUCAUAUGACCACCAAAAAAACUUGAAUAGCGAUGCCGACAACCAUUUUGAGAACCAGGACCAGGUAUCGGCAUCGAAAACAAGAAGUCCUGCAAAUUGUGAUAGUGUAAGCAAACUUGGAACAGAAAUGGCAAAGACUUGUGAUGAUAUAUGUAGUGUAACAUUAGAGCAUACAAGUGACAUAUCAAAGAAAUUCAUUUCAAGUACUGAGAAUGAAAAACGACACCAUGUGAUUGAUGAAGAAUCAUGCGAAAAAAAGUUUAUUUAUGAUAGUUUCAAUUCUGUAAAAGGUGAAGCUAUAUCGGAAAUGACACAUUCAAAUGAAGACAAUAAACAAAUGGAAAUACUGAAUGAGGAAAAAACGCAACAGCAAAAAGAAUCGCGGCCAUGUGAUGACACACAACAGUAUGAAGAAUCGCGACAGUGUGAUGAAACAGAACAGAAUAAAGAUUCCCAGCAUUAUGAUGAAAUGCAACAGAAUAAAGAAUCGCGACAGUGUGAUGAAACGCAACAGAAUAAAGAAUCGCGACAGUGUGAUGAAACGCAACAGAAUAAAGAUUCACAACAUUGUGAUGAAACGCAACAGAAUAAAGAUUCACAACAUUGUGAUGAAACGCAACAGAAUAAAGAUUCACAACAUUGUGAUGACACUCAGCAGCAUGCAUCACAACUGUGUGAUGAUGCAAAGCAACACAAAGACAAACAACAGAAUGGAAAAGUACUGCAAGAGGAGGUCACAAAGGAAAUAAAAGAUAAAGAAAAUCAACUUACAAGUGCUGCAGAGGAAGUAUCUGUUAAUGUGAAAGAAAUAUCUGAAAAUGGUGUUCUGUCUUAUUCUAGCUGUGGUCUUGUUCAGUGCAAAACAAUCAUAAGUCCAGAAACUGAUGGUUGUGAGCAGGUCAUCUGCAAGCCAAUGGGAUGUAAGGAAAAUGAUGAUAUACUCUCAGAAAUUCUUGAUUAUGAAAAUGUUGCCAAAGAAAACAAUAAUGAGCUAAUUCCUCAGUUGAAUGGUGAUGAAAAUUCUUGUAUUCAGUAUUAUAGACCAAAGUGUAUAAAAAAAAUUAAUAGCACAAAAAAAUUGCAUCUUGAUCCUAGCUUUAAAUUGCACUCAAAGGUGCUUUCAAAUCCACUAUUGGUAAAAACAUAUUCACGAAGAGAUCAGCUUGCAGCCAAGUACAGGUGGCGAAGGUCACAAAUGCCAAGACCAAGGUCAUUAAGGGGUGUGCCAGCAAGACUGGCAAAUGCUGCUCAGUACAGUUCUGUAAAUUACAGUGAUUCUGACAGUGAUGAUGGUGGAGUAUUACUAGUGCGCGAGGAUAUAGAUUUCACUCAGGAUCCGGAGUCACCUUUCCCCAUGUAUAGUGUUUCAGAUGAAGUGUCUCAAGAGGGUGAUGUCAGCUCUUCCAUUGAAACGGAAAAAGAUGAUGUAAGUCUGGAAGGUGACCAGUCAUCCCCACCAUUACCUCCUUUAAUAGAAGCUGAGGGACCAAUUGAAACCACAGAGUCUAUAGAUAUUGAUGACUUUGCCUUAGACACAACCAAAAACUCACGAACACUAGCUGUGGAAAGUGAUAAAAAUCAGGCAAAAGUUCAUGGUAAAUCUGAUCAGAGUGGGAAGAAAGUGAAUAAAAGUAACUUGGAUAAAAAUGUAAGGAGAAACUCAGCUAGUUCUAGAAUUGGGCACAUUUUACCAAGGCAGUCUGCAAGGUAUGGUGUUACAUCUAGUACAAGCAAGUCCAGAAAAGCAAAAAGCAGAUCUCCUACCAGAGAUGCAAAGAAGGACUCUGAUGAGGAAAAAGAGGAUAAAAGCAAUGAACAGAACAAGUCUUCUAGUAAAACUCCUGCCAAGAGAUCUAUUCGUAAAAGGAAGAGAGCUUCACCGAUGAAGUAUGGUGACUUGUACUACAGCGCUGACUAUAUUAUCGAUUCAGAGGAGGAAAUAGAAGUGGAAAAGAAAAGUAAAUUAGGACGAAAGGAAAACGGUGGAAAUAAGGAGAGCAUGAAUAAUGAGGAAUCGGACGUUAUUAUUUUGAAUGAUGAAGAGGAGGAAUCCAUUGUCAAGAAAAAUGAAAGUUUGUCGUUAGCCCAUAACUCCAACAAUAAGACAGGUUCUACUGUCACGACUUUACUACCCAGUGUAGAGGGCAGCAAAAGGACCAAAUUAAAAGCUAACGCAAAGGUGACUCUUAAUGAUAUGUCAGGUAAUGAAUUGUCUUGUAUCAUGAACAAGAAAACCUAUUUAGAAAAUGAGAAGGCAAAGAAUUCCAAGGUUUCACAUUCUGUGGAUGAUGAAGCUGAUGUCAAGACUCUGAUUUCUAUUAGUGAUGAUGAUGUGGAGAAUGAAGUUACAGAGACACAAGAAAGUUCAGCACCGAACAAUAAAAAGAAAUCCAAAACUCGGAGUGUGAAGAAAAGUGGUAAAGGGAGACUUAAAAAACUUCAAAAAUCUCGUGCCAAAUUUGACAUGUUUGAUGAUGAAACAGAAGAGAUUAAUUUAAAAAAGACUAUUAGCAUCAUGAAAAAGAAACACAAAAAACGUGAAAAAGUUAAGGUCGAUGAGAGUAAAAGUCGAGUUACAGGACCUUUUUUACAUGUCAGAAACACUGAACCUUCAUACUGUCGAGUGGUUAAUCAGUAUGAGGAAGAUCCAGAGGUGUCGGAGCAAAAGUUUACGAAAAAAGUUUCUACGCCAAUAACUGUGUCUACUGUUCAUAUGUCAAAGCUCUCAGCAGAAAAAUCAGUUCAUGUGCCUAGCAGCGCCUUAACAGAGGAAAUAAACUGGGUGUGCCAAUUGUGUCACAAACACAGCAGUUUUAAAUUUUUAGGUGAUUUAUUUGGACCGUAUUACUCAGAGGGGAAUUUGCCAUCAUCUGGCAGGCGAGAAACUUCUCUUAACAAAGAUUCAAAUUUCAAAACAAUUAAACACAAAAAUGUUACUGAUUUGAAUAUAAGUGACUCGGUGCAGAAAACAAAGAAACGUGUGAAAUCAACUAGUGUGUCCCGACCUUUGGAAGAAGUAUGGGUUCAUGAAGACUGUAUUGCUUGGGCUGAUGGGGUGCUACUCAUAGGGCAGAAAAUCUAUGGUCUUGAAGAGGCUACAUCUGUUGCAUCAGCCACUAUGUGUUCAUCUUGCAAAGAACAUGGUGCUAUGGUUGGAUGUCUGCACAAAGGAUGUUCCCAAAAGUUUCAUUACAUUUGUGCUGUAGAAUCAGGGUGCUUUAUGGAUGAAGAAAACUUUUCUUUGUUGUGUGUGAAACAUAAGGACAAGAAAAUGAAGCAGUUAGAGACGACAUCUUCAAAAACAUGAAGAUGCUGAACCUUCAGAACUGGUUGUGUAAGCCAAAACUGUGUUAUUGUGUAAUUCUCAAGGGUCUGCAUAAAAACUAUUUUGUCUUUUUAUCAAAGCAGAUAACAUGUGAUAUUGAUCAGAGAGAUCAAUAAAUUAUAUAACAUGACAA